AUGUUUGAUCAGGAAACAGAUGGACUAAUGAACCAGGGGGAAGAUGUUGAGGAGGAGCUCGAGAUUGAGCUAAAUGAAACUGAACCACCUUUUCUGCAAGGCCAGAGUCGAUACUCCAUCGACAUGUCUCCAGUCAAGAUUUUUAAGAAUCUGGAAAGGUCAUUGAGCGGUUCUGCAGCGCUUCAAUCAGCUUUGACAAAAGAGAGAAGAGAAGUAAGGGAACAACAGCAGAGGUCAUUGCUGGAUUCUAUUCCAAAAGAUUUGAACAUACGGUGGGAAGACCCAAUGCCUGAGAAGGGUGAGGGACAUUUGGCGCAGGAGCUGUUGGGCGUUAGAUUGUCGGCAUAUGAAAUGCCGAAUGGAAAAAGGAUGCUUACGAAAAAGCUCCUAGAUUUGGGCAAAGAUCCAAGCGUUCUAUUCAGGAUCAGAAACGGUGAGACAGGUUCCGGAAAAACCACUCAGGUCACUCAGUAUUUGGCUGAGGCUGGAUAUACUACCAAGGGUAAGAUUGGGUGUACCCAGCCUCGUAGAGUAGCUGCGACAUCUGUGGCUAAGAGGGUUGCUGAGGAGUUUGGUUGUCGCGUAGGGGAAGAGACUGUGAUCAAGUACAUGACUAAUGGCAUGUUGCUGAGGGAGAUUCUGGUUGAUGAGAAUUUGACUCAAUACUCAGUUAUCAUGUUGGAUGAGGCUCAUGAGAGAACCAUCCACACCGAUGUGUUGUUCGGACUACUUAAACAACUCAGCAAGCGGAGACCUAACCUUCGGCUGAUUAUCACAUCAGCCAAUCUAGACGCUGAGAAGUUCUCAGGAUAUUUCUUUAACUCUCUGAAAAAAGUUUUGCAAAUCCACUUAUCAAAGCCUGAAGGUGAUAUUCUCCUCUUCUUAACUGGUCGGGAUGAGAUUGAAUAUGCUUAUGAGCGUCUCCACAAGAGAAUGAAAGAGCUGGGUAAAAAUGUUCCUGAACUAAUCAUCUUACCAUUAUAUGGCGCACUUCCUAGUGAGAUGCAAACGAGGAUUUUUGAACCUGCCCCACUGGGAAAGAGGAAGGUAGUUGUUGCGACUAACAUUGCCGAGGCUUCAUUGACUAUAGAUGGUAUAAUGUACGUGAUCGAUCCUGGAUUUGCAAAGCUAAAUGUUUACAAUCCUAAGCAGGGACUGGAUUCCCUCGUCAUAACACCGAUUUCACAAGCUUCGGCAAAGCAAAGAGCAGGACGAGCUGGACGGACAGAACCAGGCGAGUGUUAUCGCCUCUACACAGAAAGCGCUUUCCACAAUGAAAUGUCUCCAACCACAGUACCAGAAAUUCAAAGGGUAAAUCUUGGGAACAUUGUACUACAACUGAAAGCCAUGGGGAUUAAUGAUCUUCUGUCGUUUGAUUUCAUGGAUCCCCCAACUCCUCAAGCUCUUAUAUCAGCCAUGGAACAGCUGUACAGUCUAGGUGCUUUGGAUGAAGAGGGGCUGCUCACUAAAAUGGGUCGAAAAAUGGCUGAAUUUCCCCUUGAACCCCCUCUAUCCGUGAUGCUUCUUGCCAUUGUGGAUCUUGGUUGCAGUGAUGAGAUAUUAACCAUAGUCGCCAUGGUUCAAGCCGGCAAUGUCUUCUACAGACCCAGAGAAAAACAAGAUCAAGCUGAUGAGAAAAAGGCUAAGUUUGUCCAGCCUGAGGGAGAUCUCCUACCCUUGCUCGCUGUUUAUGAGGCUUGGAAGAUGAAGAACUUCUCCGCGCCAUGGUGUUUUGAAAAUUUUAUCCAGUCUCAAGCUUUGAAGGGGGCUCAAGAUGAAAGGAAGCAACUCUUGUCCAUUAUGGACAAGAACCAGUUGGAUGUGGUAAGUGCGGGGAAGAAUUGCACCAAGGUAAGGAAGGCCAUUACCGCGGGAUUCUUUUUUCAUGAUGCAAGAAAGGAUCCACAAGAGGGUUAUAAGACUCUUGUGGAGAACCAGCCGGUUUAUAUUUUCCCCGGUAGCGCGCUUUUUCAAAGACAACCGGAUUGGGUUAUCUACCACGAGUUGCUCAUGACUACCAAAGAAUACAUGCACGGAGUCACCGUGAUCGAUCCCAAGUGGCUAGUUGAGUUAGCUCCAAGAUUUUUCAAGGAGGCUAAUCCAACAAAAAUGAGCAAGCGCAAGAGGCAGGAGCGAAUCGAACCGUUUAUGAUCGUUAUAAUGAGCCUAACUCUUGGCGUCUUCGUAGAAGAAGGGGUUGAGAAGGCACUCUUUUGUAUAACUGUGUUUUCAGCAGAGCAAGUUCUCUUUGAUUUGCAUCCUGGGCAAAGGAUUUUCUGUUCUGCUCGUGGAAGUAGGAAUUUAAAGUUUGUGAGAGUAGAGUUGUUAGGAACUUGA